UUAACAUCCGCUUUUGUUGUCAUUCAUGUUCAGGUGUUUGUGGUGACGGAGUUGUGCGACAACGGAGACCUCUCUAAGCACAUAAAAGCCAAAGGCCCACUGUCUGAGGAGUUCAGUAAAAGAGUCUUCGUCCAGCUCUGCGACGCCGUUCAGUAUCUCCACCGAAUCGGAAUCGUGCACCGAGAUCUGAAAUGCGAAAAUCUAGUUUUGGAUCGAAAUAACAACAUUAAAGUGUGCGACUUCAGCCUGAGCAAGAGACUGAGCUACACAGACGGACAACUGGAUUUAAGCAAAACCUUCUGCGGCACCAGUAACUACAUGGCUCCAGAGAUCUUACGCAGUUUAGCAUACAACCCCGUAGUGACUGAUGUCUGGAGCAUGGGGGUAAUCCUGUUUAAAAUGCUCUACGACGCCUUUCCAUUCUCCUCAACGAGAGCUCUCAAGAUGGCGCACGUUAAAAUGACACGCCACAUAAAUUUCCCAGACACACCCCACGUCUCACUCGAGGCCGUGGAGCUGAUUCAGAGCAUGCUUCACCCAAACGCGGCGCAUCGGACCAGCAUCCCCCGCAUCCUGGAGAGUCCGUGGAUGAUGCAGGACGAGCGGGUAGAGGGCGCCGCCGAGUCUUCCGAAGCAAAAGGAGGAGAGAAGACUGGUGAAGAUAACAAGGAUUCUGAUGAAGCAAUGUGAAACUGUCACGGCAAAAGCGCAAACGUCAAGAGGAGAUGAUGGUUUUUAAUAAACUGUUUAUAAAAUGUAUGUAUCAAAGAUUAAAAGUUCAAGUUAUUUCUUAUAAUAGACAUAAUUAUAUAGAAUUGUGACAUUUGUUGUAGUCUCUGCUGUUGUGAACUUAAGGUUACUUACUUAAAGUCGGGCAGCAGUAGCUAAGUUGGUAGUGUUUGUCCACUGAUGCAAAGGUUGGUGGUUUGAAUCCCACUCUCAACAUAAACAUCAUUGUUAGAUUCACUGACUGUUACGUCCCCUUUGCUAGAGGAGAAAGGGAAGUAACAAUAAAACCAGGAUGUUUAAGGUUUAACAGUGUAGGAAAGAACAAAAAAAUUGGCAUUUAAGGAGAAAAUAAAAAGGAUUUAAACAAAAUAAUCUAAUAACUAAGGAGCCCUAACUAAGUACAACAUAACAAA